AUGACCACUGAAAUCACGGUUUUGACAUUCAACCUGUGGGGAAUUUUCAAUUCCAAGCACCGUGCGGCCCGCAUGGCGCACUUCGCCAGCAAAGUCGAGAGGUACGACGUGAUCUUGCUGCAGGAGCUGUUCUCUGAGACGGACUUUGAGCUCAUUCUCCGAAGUCUUCCUCCUCGUGUGCGGGCGUCACGCUUCUUCCGCCGCUUCCCGAGCGCCUACUACGGCUCUGGCAUCGCCGUCAUUUCACGCUUCCCUAUCAAGUCCGUGCUCUUCCACGCAUUCCCGCUGCAGGGAUACCCAGAGCGGGUACUGCACGGCGAUUACUACGCCAAUAAGGGAGCAGCACUCGUGCGCAUCAGUGUUCCGUGCAUGGAACCCACAGAAGCAGACGGAGGGCAGAGCGGUGAGACCGGUGUGGUGUGUAAAGAUGUGCUGCUCUACUCUACACACCUCGUCGCGGCGUAUGAGAAGACCGCGCGCCUCCUUAACUGGCGUGAUGAGUUGUAUCUCUCCGUUCGCCUCAGCCAGGCAUUGUCGUUUGCUGACUUUAUUACGUCCACAUCAUGCCCCACCGAUCACGUUGUUAUUGGUGGCGAUUUCAACGCGACGCAGCGGUCGCUGGAGGUGCAGACGAUGCUUAUUCUAUUACAGAAACGCGGCUACAAGCUCCGCUCCGUCCUGCCGUCGUCGAACAUCUAUCAGGCCUGCGACGACGAGCGGAAGCGAGCGGCAAACGCAGCCACGCUGACCUUUUCUGAUGCGAACAUAUUCACCAGCCCGAAGGCGGGUUGGCUUGUGGAGGGCGGCGACGUGCCUUGCCAGAUUGACCACAUCUUUUUCUCAUCCAACACACUUCGCUUGUGUGCGUACGACGACUGCCCCGACGCGGCUCAGGACUAUCCUUUCGUUAUGGAGAAUGACGGUGUGGAAUCGCCCGCUGGCGUCGUUGUUUUCACACGCAACGACGAGGUGUCGCUUCCGCCAGGGAGGAGUACCAUGGCACGGGUCGCUGACUGGUUGCGUGCGAAGGGAGAGGCGAUGAACUGCAGGACGAUGGUUACCGCCGCGUGCUGGUUGACGCCUGAAGCGAGGCCAAGAGCAUACACGGCCGAAUUUUGUCCGCUCUCCGACCACUACGGUGUGGUUGCGCGGCUACGUCUGUCGGCCCCAGCAGCGGGCACCACAGCGUCCGAAGGAGAUGACACAGCAGGGGAAGUGACGUUGGCAAGGGCAGAUGAGGAAGUGCUGCAUGAGGCUUUGGAGUUCCUCGAUGCGUCAGUGAAGCAGCUGCAGUACGAGAGAACCGUGUGUGUGCGUAUGGCCACCGUUUCCGCCGUCUUGGUGGCUGGGAACAUCCUCUUCCUUUGGUACCAGGCUUGGCGGCAGGAGCAGCACACAGCGCGGGUGCUGGAGCAGCUAUUCACCGUUGCCACACUUGAAGGAACUUCAACGAGGACUGCUGCGCCGCCAGCAAAUGAAGUGAAGAAUGUCGUGAUGCAUUGGGCACGCAAGGCGAAGUUUUGGAGCCCAGGAGCAGCACCGCAAGCCGCCGCAUCUCCAGCAACACCAGCAGCAGGCGCACCUAUGAAUGCGCCAGGGGCGGUGCCAGUGAACUUCGCUGAAGUCGCGGCGAAGAUUCACGACGGGGGCAUUUGGCCCAUGAUUACACAUUUCUUCACCAUCUGUGGCAGCCUUCUGAGUGUUGGCUCUCUCGCCAUCGGACUCCUCCAGCGUGACGGCAACGCCAAGAUCAUGGCGGAGCAGGUGAGUGAGUUGAGGCAAGUCUGUUCUCGAUAA